AUGGGGCAGGCAGUGACGCGCUGCCUCGGAGCCAGAGCCCGCGCAGCGCCCCGCAAGGCGAUGGACGGCCGAGCCCCGCGCGUGCAGAACGCUCCGGCGGCGCUCCCGCCGGCCGCACCCACAGGGAGAAAACCAAAAGCCAAGGCUCCACUUCCUCCAGCUGAGACCAAAUGCCUUGAUGCCUCUUCAGUUGAUGAUUCUGUAGAAUCUUCUGCUUUUAUCAUGGAUCAGAAAGAGAACAUGACAGAUAAAGACAUUGAACUCUUGGUGGUUCUACCUGGAGAUAUUAUCAAAUCUACUACUGUUAAUGGCAGUAAACCUAUGAUGGACUUGUUGAUUUUCCUCUGUGCACAAUAUCACUUAAAUCCAUCAAGUCACACAAUUGAUCUGCUCUCAGCUGAAAAGAACCCCAUUAAAUUUAAGCCAAACACACCAAUAGGAAUGUUGGAGGUGGAGAAAGUAAUUUUAAAGCCAAAAAUUCUGGAUAAGAAAAAACCUACACCUUUAAUACCAGAGAAAACUGUGAGAGUAGUGAUCAAUUUUAAGAAAACACAGAAGACAAUAGUGAGAGUUAACCCACAUGCACCACUUCAAGAACUUAAUGCCAUUAUAUGCAGCAAAUGUGAGUUUGAUCCAUUACACACACAGUUAUUGAAGGACUAUCAGUCUCAGGAGCCCCUCGACUUGACAAAAUCUCUUAAUGAACUGGGACUGAGAGAAUUAUAUGCCAUCGAUGUCAGCAAAGCCACUUCUAUUACUGCCUUCAAUAAGUCAUCUUUACAAGAGUCCUGCCAAAUAUCACAAAACCUAGACCUUAUGAAGGAUAAAGAAAGUAAAGGGUUUUUCAGCUUAUUUCAACGCAGUAAGAAAAAACGGGAGCAAACUGUCAGUGCCCCUGCGACUCCUCUAGUAAGUAAGCACCGGCCAGCUUUUACAAAGAGCAAUACCAUUUCCAAACAGUAUAUUUCAAACACCCUGCCAUCGGAUGCCCCCAAGAAGAGACGUGCCCCACUGCCUCCAAUGCCCGGGUCUCAGAGUGCCCCCCAGGACCUUGCGCACAUUGAGGAGAGGCCAGCUUCUUGCAUGGUGAAAUCCCCAAGUGUGGAUGAAACAGAGGAGAGUUCCUAUGGAGCAGGCAGGGUGAGGACGGGUUCUCUGCAGCUCAGCAGCACGUCUGCUGGGAAUUCAUCUUUGAAAAGGACAAAGCGAAAAGCACCUUCCCCGCCCUCGAAAACAGUCCUGCUGCAAAGCGAUGAGAACAGUCAUGUGACUGCCACGCAGUCAGUACCUGCAGUUCUUACCAACAGUGGUGUAGAAGUGAGCUCUUCUGAGGGCCUGUCCAGCCCAGAAGCCUCCCUCGGCCCUGGGAAUGAACAGUGCGCUGUGUCCCAGCUGCCGGCCGGAGCCCCUGUCUCGGGGUGCCCUGGGACGCCUGAGGCUGCUGCCACAUCUCUGCCCUCUGGAAUAAGCUCUGAUUAUAGCCUUGAAGAGAUAGAUGAAAAGGAAGAACUGAGUGAAAUGCCUAAAGAUGAGGCUGAAAAUACUUCUCUGAAGUCACAAGACAUUCCUACUGUAUCUACGGAUAUAAUAAAUACACUGAAAAAUGAUCCUGACUCAGCCCCUGGCAGUGCUACUGGAGAGUCCUCACAAAACUCCAAAGAAAAACAAGGAACUAGAAACACAGAUGAACAAAGGCCACACAUUAUGGUAUGUAAUUCAAGCGACAAAGAGAGGGUAGUUGACAGUGUAAGAAACCUGAAGUCACUGGACCCAAACCAAGAGAAAGUAGAUCAACAUGAAAUAAUUGUCAUUCCAACAAACACAGAAAAUAAUAUGAAAAAUGGAGUGAGAACAGAAAUCAAUGUAGCAGAUGUUGCCCAAAAUAACAAUGUGGACACAGAAGUUGACAGACUAUCAAAUUAUCAGGCAUAUAAAACUGAUACUGCUGAACGUUACAAAGAAAAUCAUCUUGCUGUUUCAUCAGCACCAGAUCAAAACCUGAUUCAACCCACUGCAGAAAAGACAAAAAUGCAAGAUGCAGCAAUUCAGACAAUCCCUUCCUGUGACAGUUUUUAUGGGGGUCAGCAAGAUCAGAAUUUGUCUGACGUCAAAGUUGAUGAAAGUGUGCAAACUUCAAGUAACAACAAAUCAACUCAAAGCUCAUCUUUAAGCCCACAAGAUUCUAUAGAUAUCUCAGGAGAAUUCAGGAGUCAGGGCCCCCUUGUUGUACAUACAGAAGAGCAACUCACCAUAAAAGAUCCAACUUGUGCACAUGGUAAUGACAAUCUUUUGCCUCCUAUAGAUGGAACUGAUAAAAAUUCGACAGCUUCUUAUGUAAAGAAUUAUCCAUUUUACAGACAAGAUUAUAAUCCCAAACCAAAACCUUCAAAUGAAAUUACAAGAGAGUACAUACCCAAAAUUGGGAUGACUACUUAUAAAAUAGUGCCUCCCCGAUCCCUAGAAAUAUCAAAAGAGUGGGAAUCGGAAACCAUAGGGUAUAAAAAUGAUCAGGAGAUAUACACUUUAGGGAAAAGGGACACUUAUGAGAAUGUGAAAGAAACUACAAUCCAAACAGAAGAUCUCGUCAUUUCUGAAAGCCCAAAGGAGUCACAAGCAGACCUGAAAUCAAAGCCUACCCUGAGAACAGAGCAUCAGAUGCAAAGUGAGGAGAGCUUUACCCGCAGCAGAGUGGUGAAUCCUCUGAAACCUCCCAGAAUGAUGAGUGACACUGGCACAGCUCCUUUUGCGCCCAAAUUGGAAGAUAUAAACAAUAUUUUGGAAUCAAAAUUUAAAUUGCGAGUUUCAAAUCCCCACUCCAAACCAAGUCCUUUUUUCUUGCAGAUGCAAAAAAGAGUUUCAGAUCACUAUGUGUCAUCUGCAGCCGCCAAGAGUGUUCAUGCUGCCUCUAAUCCUACUCCAAAGGAAUUAAUAAAGAAAGAGGUGGAAAGAGAUACAAUACCUCCUCCAGAGCCAGCUCUUUCUCCCUUAAGUAAAACUAUUCAAUCUUUUCCACAGCCACACGUUCAAAACACUGAUGAUGAUAGCAACCAGAAGCCUACUGAAACCUCUCCUCCCCCCUUAGCAACACUAAAUCUGCAAACUCUGAAAACUUUUGGUGCCCCACGACCAUACUCCAGUUCUGCUCCUUCACCGUUUGCCCUCGCUGUGGUGAAACGGUCACAGUCUUUCAGCAAAAGCCCUACAGAGUCAUGCAGUGAGGAGGUCCAGGGUGCCUCUGCCAGAACUCCAACUGAUGCAGAGAAAGGGAAGAUCCCUUCUGUAAAUACAUUUGGGAACAUGCCACAACUAGGUGUGAGUGAUAAGGAAAAUAACUCUGCACAUAAUGAACAGAAUCCUCAAAUACCAUCUCCAACUGACUGCCCGUCGUUCACUCUUAAGAGACAAAGUUCUUCGACAUUCCAAAGCUCUGACCCAGAACAGAUCCGACAGAGUUUGCUGACUGCAAUUCGUUCUGGAGAGGCUGCUGCCAAAUUGAAAAGGGUUACAGUUCAACCAAAUACAAUAUAUGUGAAUGGAAAAUCAAGACUCAGCCAUUCUAUGUCCCUUGAUGCCCCGGGUAACUGUUAA